CAGAGCGGGAACCUGACAUUGGUCUACCUAAUCGGCAAAUUGUUCAUGGCUAGAAGACGCUCAUCGCAGCGGAUGCGGCAUACACCAUUAGAUAUUGAAGAUGUAGCAUCUGCUGAAUGGCACCCAGCAAACUGGCGCAAGCAUUUGCAGAACAUAUGCGAAAUGCGUUCGUCUCGUGAUGCUCCAGUGGACACUAUGGGUUGCGAGUGCCUGGCGGACAAAUUAGAUGAUCCCAAAAAUUUCCGAUUUCAGACACUUCUCAGUCUCAUGCUUUCUAGCCAAACAAGAGACCAAACUACUGCUGCUGCAAUGCAACGUCUGCAAACCUACGGAUGCAGUUUGGAACGAAUAAUGUCCAUGGACCGUGGUGAACUAGAAAAACUUAUUUACCCCGUCAGCUUUUACAGGCACAAGGCAAAACAUAUUCUGAGCACCUGUGAGGUGCUCAAAAAUAGCUAUAAUGGAGACAUUCCGCAUAGUGUACAGGACCUAUGUCAACUCCCAGGUGUCGGUCCUAAGAUGGCUCAUUUGGCGAUGCAGUGCGCUUGGAAUGAAGUCACGGGCGUAGCCGUAGACACACAUGUUCACCGGAUAGCAAACCGCUUGGGUUGGACAAAAAGACCCACGAAAACGCCUGAAGAGACUCGGAAGGCAUUAGAAGCAUGGUUACCAAGCGCUGAUCAUCGAUCGAAAGCUUCCUCAUGGUGGUUGACUCCUACAGCAAAUGACGCGAGAUAUUGCUCGUGGAUAGCACGACAACCAACGCCAUGGUGAACAAAUCGGCAGAUCUUCAUGGGUUUGACUGUUCAAGAAAGCUUGUGUCGAGCAACGUCAUGCGGUCCACUUCACCACGUUUCACAAGAUUCUACAAGUGACGCAUCGCACGGUAUAUUCGCUCACAGCCGUUGCAUUCACAAUCAAAUGGCCAGGUGGAGAGGUUCGUGGACACUUUCAAGGAUAAAUGGGACGAUAUCAAUUUGCUUCUUGUCGGGUUCGGUCAACAACAGUGUCUCCCGGUGUCUCCACGGUGUCACAGCUGCUUGAACAGAAUGAUUUGUCCGACGGGAAGAAAGUAUAAAUUAGCAAAAAAAUGAUCUAUUUCUCUUACCCGUGUUCCCAAUUUUAUCCCAGAGUAUAAAACUUUUUCUGACUUUCACUAUUUUUGUACUCUCUCACUUAUUCAUCUAUAAACUUGGUAC